AUGAGAGAGAAACAAUAUGGCAUCUCUUCUGAGAAUAAUAAUAAUAGGUUGAGUAUUGAGCACGCUUCUUUGCUGGGUGUUAAAUUACCAAGAAUUACAUUUAUUUGUGAUCCGAGAAGAAAAGUUCCUCGGAGUGCUCUUGAGAGGAGGUGUUGCACAAGUCAUGGUUUUCAUGUUAGGAUUACUGCUGCGGUUAUAGCACACCUGUUUAUCAUGAUGAGGAUAUUCGCGGAAACGUUAUACGAAAUAGUGCACGGAUUUCUCUUGUGGAUCAAGGGUCUGCGGCCACUAUCGAUCCUAGUGUAUCACAAAAAUGUUUGA